AUGCCCUGGUUUGCUCCUAUUGUCUGGGAUGGGACCUUUGACAUCACCAUCCUGGAUGAGCAAUUCAGAAACACCACCAUUGGACUGACAGUGUUUGCCGUCAAGAAGUACGUGGUAUUCCUGCAGGUGUUCCUGGAGACUGCUGAGCAGUACUUCAUGGUGGGACACAGGGUCAUCUAUUAUGUCUUCACCGAUCGGCCGGUCGACGUGCCCACAGUGGCCCUUCGGCCAGGCUGGCAGAUAGUGGUCCUCCAGGCCCAGAGCUACCCACGCUGGCAGGACGUGUCCAUGGGGCGCAUGGAGAUGAUCAGCGAGCUCUGCAAGGGGCGCCUCCUGGGGGAGGUGCAGUACCUGGUGUGCCUGGAUGUGGACAUGAAGUUCAGGGACUAUGUGGGUGUGGAGAUCCUGUCCCCUCUCUUCGGCACCCUCCACCGUGGCUUCUACACUGCCAAGCGCCAGUCCUUCACCUACAAGCGCCGCCCACAGUCCCAGGCCUUCAUCCCCGAGGAUGAAGGUGACUUCUACUAUACAGGAGGCAUCUUUGGGGGGUUGGUGCCAGAGGUCCGCCAGCUCACCGCCAACUGUCACCAGGCCAUGCUGGCAGACCGGGACCAGGACAUCGAGGCUGUGUGGCACGAUGAGAGCUACCUCAACAAGUACUUGCUGUAUCACAAGCCCACCAAGGUGUUGUUCCCCCGAGUACCUCUGGGAUGAGAGGAUGUGGUAGAGACCGCCCUUCCUCAGGAAGCUGCGUUUUGUGGCUGUGCCCAAGAACCGUACAGCCAUCCGCACCCUGUGACACCGCCUGGACUACAACCCGCUGGUCCCACUGCCUUUGCUUUGCUUUCUUGAAGAGACGGAGGUCAGGCGGUGGAUGGCACACCUAGUAGAGCACACAUGUUACCAUGC